ACCCGCAAACCUCACAGCAGCUCACUGCGACAGACUGUAGUCACAAUCAGUACAGCGUGGCGUGCACCCAGGACGCAUACAGUCGGUAAAAUCUGACCGGACUAAUGCAUAGGACCAGUUAAAAAAAAAUUGAGCAAGAAUCAAAGGACCAAUAGAACUUUAAAAAAAGAUCCAGCAAAGAUCGCCUCCACUGCUUAAAACGUAUCAAGAGCUUUAUCAAGACCAUGUAAACAGAGUGACGUGUGACGCAUGAAAUAAAAAACCGACAUGCUGUUCAAAGGGAACAUGUUCCUGCCGCCAGUCCGUGCGAGGAGGCUGCUGGAUUAACUGGAUUAGCUGGACCAGUUGACAAGGACUAAAAAAAAAAUUUCUUUUGACUAUCGUCCAUCAUCUUGCACAAUCUAAAAGGUCAUGAAGGGCAGCAUCCACGUGGGGAUGAUGCUGGGACAGAUCUUGUCCCUGGUGACACUCUUAGCGAUCUUGCCAAGAAUAGACGCACUCGAGGAGAAUUGCACAGACUUUCAAGGCGGCACUGUGAGACACGGCCUCUUGUAUGUACCAGGACCUGCAGUCUGCAGUCUAUGCGUUUGCUACCAUUCCGAGCCAAUGUGGUGUCAAUCAAUUUAUUGUACACCGCCAUACAAAUGCAAGAGAUUUCGAGUCGGCGAGAGAUGCUGCGAAUUCGAAUGUCUCGAUGACACCGAUGCUGAUUGGACGGAUCCUGCAUUAAUAAUAGCAGCUGGAUCGGCCGAUCUUAAGGUCCAGGACAUCCUUUGUUUGCUGACGUUCGUCGUCCUUGUGCUAACGGCACCCUGGUAACACAAAACUCAUGGUAAAAAUUGUAAUUCAGGUUUGACAUAUCUUACACGGUAGAUAGAAUUAUACCAAUUUGUGGAAACGAUGUCCAGUUUUCAAUCAAAAAACAAUCAGCCAGCAAGUGAUGGGGGUGGUUGAGCUGAAAGAGAAAAAAUAUAAUUAGGUCGUGGGGGGAAUUUGGGAUGAAGAAGUAAAAGACGGCCUUCCUUCGCAACGUUUGGUGCUUAUGCGGGAUUUAAAUUUUUCGUGAUUAAUAGAGAAUUUACAAUUUUUUCAACUUUGAUGCUUUCCUUGUUUACGAAUUUUGGACUAGGCGUGGUAGUGUAGUUAUGAUACAUUUUUUCGCCCUUUUAAACCUUCACGGCGAAGCAGCCUUAAUUCGUAAUUCGACAUUUCUUCGGGAGUCUGUGAUCGAGUGGAUGUGUAGAUGUAUGUAUAGAUGCUCAAAAGUUUCAAGUUUCAGAGAGAUUAAAUACAUGUAAUGCACUUCCGUGUGCAUGCGCGUCUUGUUAUUCGAAAUUUUGGCUUUUCUAUGCGUUAAUAGCAAUUUACCAUUUUACUAUGAUGAAUAGCGAAUAUCGUGUACGUUUUUGGGAUUGACGAUAAUGUCCUUAGAGACUUUUUUAUAGGAACUUUGUAGAGAGAGAAAGAGAGAGAGUUAUUUAUAGGAAUAAAAGGUAGAGCUUUUUUUUAAAUAAGAAAAGUAAUGUUUACUCAUUACGAAAAUUAUCCACUACGACGAAGACUUAUAUCUAUACGUUUUAUUCGAUAAAUUAGUGGCCUGGGAACAGCCGCCAUUUUCUCGACGCCAUCUUUAGCGCGGCUCCGUUUUAUCUUUGACGCUUAUCGGAGAUUGCUCUUUAUCUUGAAAUUAUUCUAGUUCCACGAGAGCCUAAUCGUGGUUCGAUUAGUCUCCCGUGCCGAAGAAGAAAUGUCACCGUCCCAGCUGACUCUAAUUCUAAGUCAACUGAGUCCACGGUCGGAGGGUCAAAGGAGCUGUCAGUUGUCACUGUCAGCUUGACAACAGAUUGGCAGUUACCACUGACGCAUAGAGUACAUACUUGUAACCCUCAAUAAACAUUGCAGUUACUUUUGUA